ACGGAGUAGCUUUCUUAAAUUGACAAAAUAAUCUCAAUUGACAAGCAAUCCUUCACUUUCAUAGUACUUUUCUUCUUCCAUCAGAGUUUCAGCAGGCAUUGAAGUGGCCUUAGUAGCUGCGUGAUGCGAAGAAUUUUCAAUUCCUGUUUUUAUUGAUCGGCUAUUCGCUUCGUACUUUCGUUUGUAACUAACAUACAACAGUCGCUAUGACUAGGCCGAUCUUCCUCUCACUUGUCUUUCUUCUUCAGCUCUCCUUAUUCUCUCUCGCCGUCGCUUCACGGACUAGUGAUGGGUAUACUAUAAACGGACGUGUGAAAAUACCAGGCUUUAACUUGAAAGGAUCUGGUUUGCUGGCUAAAGCAUCAGAUGUCAAGGUGGUACUUAAUGGUGGCCAAAGAGUUACAUUUUUAAGACCUGAUGGAUACUUUUCAUUCCAUAACGUGCCUGCUGGGACACAUCUAAUUGAAGUGGAUGCAAUAGGCUAUUUCUUCUCUCCAGUUCGCGUUGAUGUCAGUGCCAGAAACCCAGGCAAGGUUCAAGCAGCGCUGACAGAGAAUAGAAGAAGCCUGAGUGAGCUAGUCUUGGAGCCACUAAGGGAGGAACAGUACUAUGAGAUGAGGGAACCUUUCUCCAUCAUGUCAUUAGUUAAGAGCCCUAUGGGUCUGAUGGUUGGAUUCAUGCUGCUUGUGGUAUUUAUUAUGCCUAAAUUGGUAGAAAAUAUGGAUCCUGAAGAAAUGAGGCGUGCACAAGAGGAAAUGAGAAGCCAAGGAGUCCCGACCCUUUCAAGCUUACUACCUGGGGCGGCACAGAGAAGCAGCUGACAGGACUGUGGAGUAACAGCUCAAAGCUUUGAAGUAUUCAUUUCUCGAAUAAAUGAAUUCGAGAAAUCCAUUUAUUUCUUCUGCCUUUGCCCAAAAUCUGCCAUCCUUAUGUUUCACAACUGACUUUUUUGGUCAAACCUUUUAAAUUUUAAACAAUGUCUUUAAUCAAUAUACUUCGGUGAUUUCAAGGAAUUAAUAAUUUAAAAAUAUCCCGAACUUUGGAAAUUGAAGAUGUGUGAACUGAAUAUCUCAAACUUUCAUUUGUUAUAUAAAUAUCAUAAGCUUUAUGGUAAUGGUUAUGUAACUUAUGUUGGCACCACAGACAGGUUUUUCCAUUGAGAAUUGAGAUAGUAGGGUACACUUGGCAUAUUAAGCUUCCAUUUUUAUAUAAAUCAUUUGAGUUUAUGGUAUUGAGGUUACU